AUGGUAGGCACAAAAGUCAAGGGUGAUGAGGAAGGCGCUGCAGAAGCUAUGAAGGAAGCCAUACCUAUAGAGCAACCCAAGGUGAGGACUCUAGUACCAGAGUAUAAGCCUAGAAUUCCAUAUCCUCAAAGGUUUCAAAAGGAGGCCAAGGACAAACAGUUUUCAAAAUUCUUGGAAGUUUUUAGGAAAUUACAAAUUAAUAUUCUUUUUACUGAGGCUCUAGAACAAAUGCCUCUUUAUGCUAAAUUUAUGAAGGAGCUUUUGACAAAUAAGAGGAACUGGAAGGAGAGUGAGACCGUGGUGCUUACUAAGGAAUGCAGUGCAAUUAUCCAACAAAACCUCCCUGAAAAGAUGAAGGAUUCGGGAAGCUUUUUUAUUCCUUACACCAUUCGUGAUGUUACUAUUCGAAGAGCAUCGUGUGAUCUUGGAGUAAGCAUCAACCUCAUGUCACUUUCUUUGAUGAGAAAACUCCACAUUGAUGAGGUAAAACCCACUAAAAUUUUUCUUCAACUUGCUGACCAUUCUAUUAAAUUUCUACUUGGAGUAGUGAAGGCGGCAGCCUUUAUAUUUCCUACUGAUUUUGUGAUCUUGGAUAUGGAGGAAGAUGUUAAUGCUUCCAUCAUUCUUGGAAGAUAUUUUCUGGCAACUAGGAGAGCUCUCAUUGAUGUACAAAAAUGCGAGUUAACCUUGAAAGUUAAUGAUGAGUAG